AAAAAAAAAAAAAACUUUUUUCACAACUUUACCUUAUGUUUCUUUCCUUCUUGCUCCUCUUCUCCCCAUCAUUGCUUCCCAUCUGUCUCCUCAUUCUUUGUUUCCGCCAUGCCUGUGUGUUCGGCCAUUGUUCUUGCCGCCGCUGCUACAGAGAGUCGUGAAAACUCCUUCAGCCGCUCUCGCAGUUCCAGCGUGUCUAGCAUUGACAGGGACACCAAAGAAGCUAUCACCACACUGCAGUUUGGAGAGUCCUAUGGACGCAAGAAUGAUGCCCUGCCCACACCAUGUCUGUGGGUAGGGACUAGCUUAGGAGUGGUCAUCCUUAUCCCACUAUCGAUCCCCACUGACCACGAGGAGAGGAUGGAGGACCCCGUCACUGUUGGCCCCAGUGGAGCAGUCCAAAUGUUAAAAGGCUCUGUGCUUCGCUUUGGUUUCUUGGACUGCAAUGGAGCUCUAAUUCAGAGYCCAUAUGAGGUUUGGCGGGACCUGAAUGCCCCCGAGGACCCUGACAGACCACGGAGGCGCAAGCUGGUCCACUUUUCCCCGUCCUCUUCCCAGGAUGCCUUUGGAGAGGGACAUUUGGCCGUGGUGUGCUCUGAGAGGCAGGCCAAAGUCUUCUUGAUGCCCUCACAGUCUUGCCUCUUUGUCCACAACAUCACAGAGUCGUCCUUUGUGCUUCGAGCUGAUGUGGUAUCUCUGUGCAACAGCGUGUGCCUGGCCUGCUUCUGCGCUAACGGACACGUCAUGACACUCAGUUUGCCCAGCUUAAGACCGCUGAUGGAUGUCAAUUACCUGCCUCUGACAGACAUGCGCAUAGCAAGAACCUUUUGUUUCACCAAUGAGGGGCAGGCACUGUAUCUCAGCUCCCCGACAGAAAUCCAGAGAAUUACAUACAGCCAGGAAAUGUGUGACAACCUGCAGGAAAUGCUUGGGGAACUGUUUACUCCAAUAGAAACGCCAGAAGCUCAAAACAGAGGAUUUUUAAAGGGCUUCUUUGGAGGAAACGCCCAUACUUUCGACAGAGAGGAGCUUUUUGGUGAGGCGGCAGCUGGGAAGGCUUCUCGGAGUCUGGCACAGCACAUCCCCGGUCAGGGAGGUGUAGAAGGCAUGAAGGUGGCAGCGAGUGGAGCGGUGGGGGAGCUGGCUCGGGCUCGYAUCGCUCUGGAUGAGAGAGGCCAGAGGCUGGGGGAGCUGGAGGAGCGGACCGCCCUGAUGAUGACCAGUGCAGAAACUUUCUCCAAACAUGCUCAUGAGCUGAUGCUGAAGUGUAAGGACAAGAAGUGGUACCAGUUCUAACAUCGGGACGGCGGGAUGAGGCUGCCACUAGCCUAUCAAGAACUCCAUGCUGCGACUGGACUUUCACAUGUGAAAUGAAAGCAAUCAGAAGAGACAGAAGAGUGACUUUGUCUUUACAGCUUUUAGAACCAGCUGUGUGUACUUCAGUGUCACUUUGCUGAAGGACGAGAGCAGGUUUAUUCCUCGUCUAGACUGGAGGUAAUACGGACAGUUGGGGACAGUUUGACGGUCUAAAGAAAGAACUUGAAAUAUCCAACAAUUUGGUGUGAGUGUGUGUGUGUCUGAGUGUGAGCUUGUGUGGUUGGGUUUUCUGGAUCUUACUGUGUAGAUACUCAAAAGUUAUGAAACCAACAAGAAAUGCAUGAAACAGCAAUGGAUGAGUAUUAAAAAUAUCCAACUGCCAUAUUAAAAAGCAGCAUGCUAAUUUAAGAGGAGAUUUAAAAUGAUUAAAAAAAGAACUUUUAUUUAUGAUGUAAGCCAACGACAGAAACUAUGAAAAACUUUAUAUUUUUGAGAUACUGGCAAAAAAAAAAAAAAAAAAAAACUAUAUCUGAAAAGGG